AGGAAACCAGGAACCGACGAGAUUACUUUUGUCGUCCGCUCCUCGAGCAAGGUGUUGCCAUUUAUUGACGGUCGCGGAGACUAUUCUCUUUAGCCAAAACGUCAAUCAUUCAACUUGGUAAAGAUCCUCGAGAUCUGUCACUGUUCGUCACUGAUUCUGCUGAAUCUGUUACAAAGAAAUUGUGUGUAGUAACGCGACAGAAUCACCGCGUUGAAAUCGAAUAGAAGGAAAUCUGAGCGAGGGAGUGGACCAGUACUUAAAUAUUCAUUUUUUUUCUCGGUCUUACAGUGAUCAAUCAACCGAUCAUUUCGUUUCUCAAUUGGUCGAGCAUGAAAUUGUUGGAAAUUUCAGAUCUCACUGUUCUCGAUAAUUAUACGUACUAAAUAUCCUUGUUCUCGUUCAUGCACUCAACGCCAUCAGUGACGGUCUGCGGUAUUAAGGAGAUUUUCGACGAAAUUAGUGCGAAGGUAUGGCUUAACUUUUGUAUAAUUAUUACUAAGAGUUUCUGAAUAUGGCGUCUAAUCACCGAAAAUUGACCCUAAAAUCGCGCACUGGGAUACAGCCAUUCGGAGGGUACAAUAAAAAUUAAAUUCCAGUACUUUGAAAUGGUUGCGUCUCACUCAACUGCAAGUAUGUAAACAGACACACGACGAUACUCAUAGUACUGACAGUGAAUACCGGACCAGAGUAUAACUACCUAAUGAAAUUAUACAAAAAUUUGUCUUAGAAGUCGUGUUUGACACUUUCGGAUUAAGCCGAAACAGAAUAUAUAAUUUUUGCAAUUUCUAAUUAUCAAUUUGUAGUGCUCAUGAAUUAUUGCGUUAUUCAGAAAAGGAUACAACAAGAAAAAUUGCAUAGGGUCCAUUGAACGCUAACGUGUAGUUCAGAAGUAUGAUAAGGAAGCGUGCAUUUCUAGGCUUAAGUGCAAGGCAUUGACGUACUAAAAAUAAAUUCCUUAAUUUGAACAGGAAGUACACGUGCACAACGUGAAAUGGCGUGUAACCUAAUAGCUAAUAACGUCCAUAUUCUAGCAUAUUUCAGCAGGCUUUACAUACUGUUACACAAUAUGCCAGCAUAUUUUUGGAAAACAUAAUUUUUUAAUAUUUCAAUAGUUAUUAAUUAUCAGUAAAGAUAUGUGUCAUUGAAUCCACGAGCGCGCACGGUUUCUACGCCUUUAUACGUGCAUCCAUUACAUACAAAUGGAAUUAGGAAAGUAUCCUGUUUCUUGGAUGAUGAUAUCAUCCAAUGAAAGUGCAAAUAACCGAGCGAUGUAUCACUUGUCUCCCUCUGCGAUGGUGAAUAAAAAUUUAGUUUCGCAAAAUUAAUUUCCUCUCCAAGUACUGUAUUUUGGCCAGUAGAGUGCACUAGUGGCGUCCCUCUUGUCGGGACUGAAAUUUGAAUACAGUUUGAAUUCGCGCCAUAUUUCCUGGAGCUUAAUGACUUUAGACGAAAAUUGAAAAAGGUUCAGUUUCGAAAUUUACUGUUAGUACUGUGACGUGCCCUUUGAUCUUAUUUAUCUAUAUGGAUCUAAAAGAAAUAUAACUACUUUCUCGAUAAUAGUAAAGUAAAUUUUAAAAUACAUCCCAUUUCCUUUUUCUCUUCUCAUAUCUGUCUCUCUCUUUCUCUCUAUCUUUUUCUGUCGAACAAGAAUCAUACGGUUCGGCUUGAACAGGCGUGUCGUGACCUUCGUAAUGAUGUGAACGUAUUUAUCUCCCUCUGGUUUCCUGUUACAUACAAAUGAGCUUAAGCCUUGUAAUACCAAGCAGUGUCUAACUUUUCUAUACAUUCUUUCUUUUGACUACAAGAAAUAGAUGUAUUUUAUCUUCGCUAUAUUCAUAUGACUGACAUUAUACUUUGACGAACUGUACUCUUCUACAUACUUUGAAUAAUUAUUUUGCUAAUAAUUUUACUUCUAAAUAAUAACUAGCGUCGACAUUCCGCCAAUCGUACAUCAUGAAUUUUAAUACGUAUGUAUAAUUUAUUUUAGUUAAUUAAAAUUUUUUGAAAUAUAUAAAUAUCACAGUUACUGGCUUUACGAUGAAGAUUCAAGUUUAUGUCCAUAUAUUGCAUAGAUACAUACUUGCUGCUGUUACAAUCUUUGUUCAGAUGAGUAUGAAUCUUUCAUAAUAAUUUAUUUUCUUCGCCGAGGUAAGCAUGGGGAUGUGUGUGAAGUACAUAGGUUCGAAUACGUGACGUUCAGUCAUUCUAAGGUACUUUCAAUAUGUCUUCAACAAAGAUAAUAUCAUUCAGCUUCUAACGCAGAGUGGUGAUUUUCUGAGCUAACAGUUUUGCUGUUACUGGAUCGGUAAAACAGGGAGCUGGCUUUACGCGUUCUUCAAGGUUCUCCAGAGGCUUUUCGUAAUCCAGAUUCUUUUUGAAAAUCAGAUAUGGCGUGGCAAACUCCACAAGAAGCUGGAUGGCCCGUAAAGGAUCCUAUAACGACACAAGCGAUAAAAUCUGAAGAGGGACUGAAUAUGCCCUUGCUAGCAGUAUAUCAGUGAAUAUCUUGAAAGAAAGUACGCCAUUGAUUAUUGGAUCAACACAAGGAAGAUUUUGUGAUACUAAGAAGUGUGGAAAAACGUCACUCAGUACAGGAAAACAUUUAAGAACAACCGUCAUUUCUAACAGAAAAAUUAAAUAAUUCCCUUUCUGUUGCUUAUCCGAAACUCUAGUACUCUAAACUGUAAAUAAAUUGUAUUGUCAUUUUAAACGAUGCUGUUGUAUUUUCAUCUAGAUUUUUCAAGUCAUCCUUCAGGUCCUGUACGUAUUACUAAUACCAACUAGACUAGAUUACUAAGUGACAGAUAACUACAUAAUGAUUGUCAGGAGAGCUUAUGGACUCGUCGGGAUCAUUGUCGAGUUCCCCUUGAUGCUCCAGUGUGUUAUCAGUCUGUGCAAACGUGCGUUACCUCAGGUCACCCUCCCAGAAAACAAUUUAGACACCGAUUCAAGAAGUGACAAUUGUACCUCCCACUCAUAUAUACUUAGUCUACCGAACGAGUAUCGGACAUCUCGGUGAUCCUCUUCGUUGGUUUUCUUGUACUGGACGUUUGACGUCGAGUCAGAAUUUCACAUCGUUACAUUAUUCAUCUCUGCGCUUUAAUUGUAUCGCUGCGAUAUCCUCCUACUUGUUUACCUCUUGAGGAAAGCAUAAAGAGGGACUUCGGAAAAAUAAGUGUUUCACUCCUUUCGCGAAAUAGCUACGUUCCUCAUCUGCGUCACUGUCGUAGAUGGUGACUAUUAGUGUUGUCUUUGGUAACGCGACUUUAAUUACGUUUCGCUGCGGUUGUUCGUUGUUUCCUCUAUUCGAGGAUUCAAUGUGGCGGAUAAAUAAAGUUGUUCCGUUUGUGAAAUUCGCUUCUUUGACUGAACGGAAGUGCGUGGGUGAUUCCUUGUAAUUCGUUGAGCAACUUUGACGGGCGUCGAGCACUUAUGCGUUAUUGUUCUUAAGUGGCCCGGAUAAGUAUAGUGCACUGAAUAAAAAGAAAUAAUAAAUAGCACAGAGAGUACUUGGUGAAAUGUUCUUACUUUAUUUUGGCUAAUUUACGUGUGCAUUGAAUACACCAUUUGUUUUGUAUAUUGUGACACGUGAGUCAGAUUAAUUGUAAGGAAAUAGAUUGAUCGUGGGAAGCGAAGAAGAAUCCAAGCUUUGAAUUUCGACGGCCAACCGCAAAUUUCCGACGAGCUCGUUGAGAAACGAUUCAGGAUACGGCGUGAAAUACCGGAUUAAUAUUCUGAUUAUUGAAAAAUGACUUUACGACUUAUUUGUCAAUGAUUGUUAGAAACGACUGAGUUGUAAGCUUCAAUUAAUCGCAGGCAACGUGUCGGAUAAGAUAUUUUCACACUGCGUUUACAGUCGUGGAUCAAGUUAAUAGCGAUAAACCGAUUUUAAUGAACGCGAAAGAAUCAUUAUCAUUACUUGUCAAUUGAUACGAGUGAUGGAGUCGAAGUAUUUUGAAAGCUCUUGGAAAGGUAAACUUCAGCAGCUUCGUAGGCACGUGAGAAGCUUACUGAGAGGAACAGUUAAAAGGUACCGGAAACGGAAGGGUUACACGAGAUUUCUGACAGAAGAGGAACAAAGGUGGCUCGUCAAUGCCAAAUUCGAAUUGUCCAACAGGGUUGGAAUGCCUUAUGACCCUCGAUAUGUUUUUUGUGCAACAACAAGUGGAGAUCCUUGAAGUGAUCACUGGAUGGGACACGAUUAAUAAGUACAUUGUUAAGAAUGCCAGUGGACAAGUACUCUUUCUAGUUGAGGAAGAAUCUAAUUUUUGUGCACGAUGCUGUUGUGGAAAAUAUCGACCUUUUAUUAUGAAAAUCACCAACAAUACCAUGAGGGAGGUUAUUACACUUUGUCGACCGUUCAGAUCCAGUUCCUGUCUGUGUCCCUGCUUUUUGCAGGAAAUGGAAGUAUUCGUCAAUGCUCUCAAAAUAGGAACCAUUGUGCAAAAUUGGAAUCCCUUGCGUCCGUCAUUUUCAAUUUGCAAUUUAAAUGGGGACACUGUUAUUAAGAUAAAGGGACCUUUUUGCCGUUGUCCUUUUAUGACUGUCAAUUUUAAAAUUUUUUCAUCGGAUGGGAAACAUGAGAUAGGACGGAUUUCAAAACAGUGGUCUGGUAUUGUUCAAGAAUUCUUUACGAAUGCUGACGUGUUUGGAAUGAGUUUCCCGAUGGAUCUUGACGUACAGACUAAGGCUUUGCUAUUGGCCAGUUGUUUAUUAAUUGAUUUCAUGUACUUUGAAGGUUCAGGAAAGAAGAUAUGUUUGUAAUCACAGCAAGGAUGUUGAUUACUGCUUUGAUGCAGAGAACUUCUGAAAGUAAUAAUGUAGUUUAUGAUAUUGUUAACAUGAAGGUGAUCUAUAUAUUACACCGAGACCUAUACUCAAUGCAAGAGUCAAGUAUUCAAAAACAAAUUAAGCUAAUUAAGCGCCAUAAGUUAUAAUAUACAAUAUAUAGGUCUUUUCUUAUGGAAGAAGAGAAAAAGGAUACUAUGACAACUGUGCGUUAAAGUUAAAAGUGAGAAGAAAAAUACUGUCAAGCGUUAUACCCAUACGGUACAUGUUCAAUGAUGGCACUGUUUUGAUGAGAAUUUAUUUUAUAGGGCAUUAGAUUUAAUCUCACGAAGACAAUAAUUUCAUGUGAUAGACCUAUAUAAUAGUUUAACUUACUACUACAUAUUUAUUUGCAGAUAUUAGUAUUACGCUAUACAGAAUAUAUUAUUAUAUACAUUAUAUUUAAAGCUUACAGUACUAUACAACUGUUUACAGCAUGCGUGCUAUUAGAUUUAUAAUAUUUUACAUUAGAGGGAAUAUUUGCAAAGAUUAUACAAGACAGUCUAUUCUGUUAGCUACUACAAAUUGAUAACUGAUGAAAGUACAAUGAUGCUGCCUACCUCAACUGUUAAGCCAAUACAGUCUUUUUACAAUGUUCAACUAAAAAAAAAACUAUAAUAGUAUUUUGAUCAAACUGUUAACUCGUUAAAUAAAGUAUAUUGUUCCUCUAA